AUGGCUUCUCGCAAGCCAAAGACUGGCACCAAGAUAAAUGUAACAAAGGCGGAAUCCGGUGCCGCGGAUGUGUAUGUCACACCUGGGGGCUAUGAGCUGGAGAAAAUCCUCAACCGUGGGAGUGUGGCUUACACCCAUGUCAACGAGGUCUGGCCCAACGUGUACAUCGGAGACGAGCAGACGGCGAAGGACAAGUCCAACCUGAGAGGGUUGGGGAUCACGCACGUGCUGAACGCAGCCGAGGGGACGUGGAACAACGUGGACACCGGCGCUGGUUACUACGGCGACAUGGACGUCGUCUACUAUGGCGUGGUCGCCGAGGACGUCCAGACCUUCGACCUCAGCCAGUAUUUCUUCUCUGCCGCUCGGUUCAUAGAGGAGACGCUGAAGAAUCCUCAGAAUAAACUGCUGGUGCACUGCGUGAUGGGAAGGAGUCGCUCCGCCACCCUCUUCCUGGCGUACCUCAUGAUCUGCGAGGGCAUGACGGUGGUGGACGCCGUGGAGCACGUGAAGAGACGCAGGAGGAUCAUCCCCAACUGGGGCUUCCUGAAGCAGCUGAGGGAGCUGGACACGCAGCUCCUGGAGCAAAGAGACUCCCUGGAGCAGAGAUGA